CCUUUAUUUUGGAUUGGAAACUGGUUUCCUCUCUCGCACUAUUCUUAUAACUGCUAUCUAUCGGAAAGUCUUAGUCUUGAGUGGAAAUGCUAGAACUUUAUUUACUAAUGGAAAGAUUACUAACUUAAUGUCCACUGAUACUACGCGUAUAGACUAUGCAUGCGGUUACUUUCAUGUGAUUUGGUGUUCUCCAAUUCAAAUUUGUAUAGCAUUGAGUUUGUUACUAUUUAAUAUUGGUCUAUCUGCAUUAGUUGGUUUUGCUUUAUUAGCGUUAGUGGGUCCUAUGCAAUGUAUGGUUGUGUCACUAUUGGCACGUGCCAGGACUAAAGCUGCUAGUGUUACCGAUGAACGGAUAAAAUUAAUUCAAGAGAUUUUAUUGGGAAUUAAAGCAAUUAAAUGUUAUGCUUUGGAAGAUAAUUUUGCUGAUGCUCUUAAUCAAUUAAGAAAUAAAGAGAUUAGUUUGGUUAGGUUUUUGUUAAUUAUUAGAUCUGCUAUUACUGGUGUUUCAAUGGCCGUUCCAAUAUUUGCUUGCAUUUUAUCAUUUAUAACAUUUUCAUUGACAGGAGGCAUCCUCGACGCCGAAAUUGUAUUCUCUUCUUUGGCAUUAUUCGGCACUCUCCGAGUACCUUUAUUGCGCUUGCCAAUUGUUAUAGGUUCUAUUACUGAUGCCUAUGUGGCGAUUAAUCGGAUAAAUGAAUUUUUGCUGGCUGAUGAAUUAUCUGUUUUACCAGUAAUCAAUCCGGACGAAAAAUAUGCUAUUAAAGUUACUGAUGGUGAAUUUAUUUGGGAAAAUUUUACUUCUGCUGGUUCGACCAAAAACCUUGUAAAUUCUCAUCUACUUUCUCCAAAAUCUCAACUUCGUAAUAUUAAUAUUUCAAUACCUCGUGGAAAGUUAAUUGCCAUUGUUGGUUCUGCAGGAUCUGGUAAAUCUUCAUUAUUGUCAGCUCUGGUUGGUGAAAUGAAAAGAAUUAAAGGAGAAGUCUCAUUUGGCGGAAAUGUUGGGUACUGUCCUCAAACUGCGUGGAUACAAAAUGCUACACUUAGAGACAAUAUUACUUUUGGAUUACCUUUUGAUGAACAAAAGUAUCGACAAGUGAUUAAAGAUUGUUGUUUAGAACCAGAUUUAGAAGUGUUGCCCGCUGCUGACUUGACCGAAAUUGGAGAGAGAGGGGUUAAUUUAUCUGGAGGACAAAAACAGCGAGUCAAUAUUGCGAGAGCUGUGUAUUAUAAUACUGAUAUA